AUGAAGGCCUCCGCCGUCCUCGCUCUCGUGGGCGCUGCCCUGGCUUCAGCUCAGGCAACCACACGGUCCGCACCCUUCUUCCUCAAGUACAAGACCUGUCCCAACUCCGCGGAAACCUACUUCCUCUCUUGCCAUUCCGGAGCAGGCCAGGCCGGUCUUUGUCCUGAGGGCUCCCCGGAAGGGCAUUCUGCCCCCAGGGUUCACCAGGAAUACUUCCUCAACGAGACCACGCAAAGUUACGAAAACCACCCUCUAGGCCUUCUGACAUGGAAUCUGCCCAUCGGCAACGGCGACCCCGUACCCUCAGCUCUGAACCUCCAGCUCCAGCUUGUCAGCAACAGUGCCAUUCCCAUCUUCUCUCCCGGAGAUAUGGGCAUCUACAGCUUCGGUUUUGACGACGAUGAGAAACUGUUCCUCUUCAGCCGUCAGGACGAUUCCAAGGCUGAGGCUAACAAGGUCAACUAUGUCGAGGAAGCCUACUACCGCUGGCACGUCUGCUGGACCUAUGUCGGCAAUUACUACUACCAGUCACUCGUUUGGGUUACUGCUGGCGAACCCGUCAACCCUACUUGCCAGGCUGUCACCGUGUACAGAGAAUGGGCUCCCACGUCGUAA